AUGAUCGCUCCGCCGCGUUCCGCCGUCCUCCUCCUCCUCCUCCUGCUCCUCGCUCUUGCCGCCUCCGCCCAUGGUGCAGACCCUGUCAAACUCAUCUGCGGGACCACCGGCAACUUCACCGCCAACAGCACCUACCAAGCCAACCUCAACGCCCUCCUCGCCUCUGUGGUCGCCACCGCCGCAGCAGACGGUCACGGCUUCUACAACCUCUCCGCCAGCGGGAGUACUAACAACGUCAAUGCCAUCGCCCUCUGCCGGGGUGAUGUCGGGGCCACCGACUGCCAGAGCUGCCUGAACGACUCUGCCCCCCAAGUCGGCCGCCAGUGCCCAGUGCAGAAGGAGGCGAUCAUCUGGUACGAUAACUGCAUGCUCCGGUACUCGAACCAGUCCAUUUUUCGGGCCAUGGAGGACUCGCCCGUCUUCAGCUGGUGGAACCUUAACAACGUCACCAACAACGUCGAUCAGUUCAAUCAGGUUUUGAGGAAUCUGAUGGACAGUUUGAGAGAGCGAGCUGCAAGUGGCAAUUCGACAAGGAAAUUUGCCGUCGGGAACGCGACGGCUCCGAACUUCCUGACUCUGUUUGGACUUGUGCAAUGCACUCCAGACUUGUCGCAGCCACAAUGCGACGAUUGUUUGGUGAGUGCUAUUGGACAAAUUCCUUGGUUUAGUAAUCAGAAACAAGGAGAAACGGUUGUUACUCCUACUUGCAAUAUCAGGUUUGAAGUAUACCCCUUUUUUUAUCCUUCGGCUUAUGAGUCGCCACCAUCACCACCGCAAUCGCCAAGUUCUCCUCCGUCUCCUCCAACGAAUAACACAUCCACUAAAGGAAAGGAUACUAACUCAGGUCGUAUGGCGCUCAUUAUCACAAUUCCAGCUGUUGGAUUAUCUCUUUUAAUUGCUGGAAUGUUAUGCUUCCGUUUGAGGUCAAGAAGAUUCAAGAAAAAAUUUGAAGCUGUACCUGUAGACGAAAUCAGAAAUGCAGAAUCCAUGCAGUACGACUUGAAUACCAUCAGAGCAGCAACAGAUGACUUCUCUGGCGCAAAUAAGUUGGGACAAGGUGGAUUUGGCGCAGUUUACAAGGGAACACUGGCCAAUGGACAAUUUAUAGCAGUGAAAAGGCUGUCUAUAGAUUUGGGACAAGGCGAUCAAGAAUUUAAGAACGAGGUCCUGUUAGUUGCAAGGCUACAACACCGGAAUUUGGUUAGGCUCUUAGGUUUUUGCCUGGAGGGGAGGGAGAGGCUUCUUAUCUAUGAAUUUGAACCAAACUCAAGCCUGGACCACUUUAUAUUUGAUCCUGUUAGGAGUAGGCAGCUGGAUUGGGAAAGGCGUCAAAAGAUAAUAGUAGGCAUUGCUAGUGGGCUUCUUUAUCUUCAUGAGGAUUCUCAACUUCGAAUAAUUCAUCGGGAUCUUAAAGCGAGCAAUAUUUUGCUAGAUGCUGAGAUGACACCUAAAAUUUCAGAUUUUGGUACGGCAAGGCUAUUUGUGGUGGAUCAAACUCGAGAUGCCACUAGCAGGGUUGUUGGCACUUAUGGGUACAUGGCUCCAGAGUAUGCAAUGCAUGGAUUGUUCUCAGUCAAGACAGAUGUCUUUAGUUUUGGGGUGCUGCUACUAGAAAUUAUUAGUGGUCAAAAAGUUGCCGCUUCUGAUGGGGAUACCACGGAGGACCUUCUUAGCUAUGCAUGGAGAAAUUGGAGGGAAGGGACCCCCUCAAAUCUCAUAGAUCCUAAUUUGGCCGAUGGUUCGUGGACCAAAAUGUUGAGAUGCAUUCAUAUCGGAUUGUUGUGUGUGCAAGAAGUUGAGGCUGACAGACCGACCGUGUGUUCGGUGAUUUCAAUGCUCAGUAGAAACUCCAACACCUUGCCACUACCAUCACGACCUGCAUUCGUUUUGCGCAGUAUCCCCUAA